AUGGCAAACAAGAGCGUUUCUUCCCUCGGCGGCGCACCGGCGCUCUCCUCGUCGUCCAUCACCGCCAAGGCCGCGACCGGCUCGCACGUCCUCAAGAUUGACGGCUUCACACGCACCAGGGCCUGGGGGCUCGGCUCGGGCAAAUGCGUCAAAUCGAGGCCGUUCACCGUCGGCGGCCACCAGUGGUGCCUUGAAUACUACCCCGAAGGCUACGACUUGCACUUCGGCUCUAAUAACAACUGGAUAUCCAUCCGUCUCUGUCUGGCGGAGGACGGGGAUGUCAGAGCGCUGUACAAGAUCAGCUUGCUCCACCAAGACGGGAAUCCAGGGAUCACCAGAGGAGAGAGCUCGAAAUGCUGCACUUUCACCAACAGGUCCAACAUCACUCUGGCGGCACACGGCUCCUACCAGUUCAUCCAGAGCGAGGAUUUGCUCAAGUCGUCUUACCUCAAGGACGACGCGUUCAGCAUCAGGUGCGAUAUCACCGUGCUGACGGACAUCGUCGCUGAGGACGUCGUCGUGGCCACUCCCACGGUUUAA